GACAAUCCAAAACCGCAACCGAAGCAAAUCCUACUCGGGCUCACCAAUCUAUCAAUCUCACAAUCCUGAAUAGUAACAAACCAGAACACCCCAAGCAACUUCAAUAAUAAAAACAACAAUAAUAGAAACACCAACAUGGCAUCCACACCCACUCCUCCCGAUCAUUUCGUAUGCCCCUUGACUUUGGAAGUCAUGAGGUUUCCCUACCGAGAUGCUUCCUCCGGUCGAUGCUACGAAAGAUCUGCAAUUCUCGAAUGGAUUUGGUUCGGAAACGCCACAUGUCCCAUGACGCGAGCACCCUUGAGACCUUCCAACUUUUCCUUGGAUCGAUCCCUUUUGUUAAAAAUCUGGGAAUGGAAGAAGGAUAACAAUCUCCUCAUCACAGUUGACGACAAGGAGGAUACCCACGAAGAGGACGAUGAAGACUUUCCCGAGCUGGAAGAAGAAGAUCUUUACAAGGUGUCCCCGUUGCUGACCAACCCGGAACUGGACCGAAGACGCGAUGAAGCCUUGAGACAACAACGAGAGAAGUUUCAAGCAUAUUGGGAGGAACAGCGACAAAAGGGCAAAGUCCUACCGUCAGAAUCUCCCCGGGAAGUUCAGCCUUUUCUCGAGCUGUACAUUUGAGUUCGUUCCCAAACCACACUUUGUUGGCUUCUUGAGCUUCCCCUCCCCCUUCCAGUCCUUCCCUACAUAUUAUGUUGAAACCAAUGAUAGAUUAUUAUUAGACCCUGCCAUUAUUAAACAGAUAUACUUGCUGCAAUAGCUAGCUAGCUAGG